AUGGCCUCUCACCAUUUAGUCACAGUCCAACCCCAAUUUUCGGCUGUCUCGCAGACAGGCAAGUGGCAGUCGGGGCUUCUGGACUGCUGCUCGGACUUCAGCGUGUGUAUUUGCGGAACCUUCUGCCUCGGCUGCCUGGGGUGCCAAGUGGCCAGGGACAUGGACGAGUGCUGCCUGUGUGGCCCCAGCGUGGCCAUGAGGACACUCUACCGCACCAGAUACAACAUCCCGGGCUCCAUUCUGCAAGACUGGGCCACCAUGAUGUGCCUCCCUAUGUGUGGGCUCUGCCAGCUGAAGAGAGACAUCAACCGAAGGAAGGAGCUGGGCAUAUUCUGGUAA